AUGGCGAUGAAUACAGUAGAAGCAGAGCAGAACUGUGUCAAUAACUGUAAAUAUACCCUGUGGGACAGUCCCCUCAUUGAUCUGAUUUUCUCCAACCAGUACCUUCAGAUCACAACUACUGUGCCAUCCACUUCGGUCUAUGGGUUUGGUGAACACGAGCACCUGUCCUUCAAACACAGCAUGGACUUCGUCACCUACGCUGACAAAACCUAUGAGAAAAAACAAAAUCGAGUUGUACCUAAUGCGCUGUUUAUGUUUCAGCCAUUUGCCAACCUCUAUGGAGUUCACCCUUUCUAUAUGUGUGUAGAAGCUGACUCCAAUGCACACGGUGUUCUCCUACUGAACUCCAAUGCACAAGACGUUUCUCUGAGUCCAAACCCAUCCUUAACUUUCCGCACUAUUGGAGGGAUCCUCGACUUCUACAUCUUCCUUGGACCCACUCCUGAAAACGUAGUUCAGCAAUACACAGAGGCCAUCGGACGCCCACACAUGCCUGCCUACUGGUCUCUGGGAUUUCAUCUUUCCCGAUGGGGUUAUGGCAGCAUUGAUGUUUUAAAAGAAACUGUCGAUCGCAUGCACUACUACGAUAUCCCAUAUGAUGUCCAACAUCUUGAUAUUGACUCCAUGGAACGUCAGCUGGACUUUACCUAUGAUAAAGUGAAUUAUGCAGGUCUGCCAGAGUACAUCCAACAGCUGAAGCAGGAAGGAAUGCACAGUGUCGUGAUUCUGGACCCUUUCAUAGCUAAGGACGAAGAACCAGGCACUUACAGGCCUUACGAUCUCGGAGAGGAAAUGGGAAUCUGGGUGAACAACUCCGAUGGCGUAACUCCUGCUGUUGGAAAGGCCUGGCCCUCCGGAGACUCGGUGUUUCCUGACUACACCAACCCCAGGACAGCUGAGUGGUGGACCCAGAUGUGUCUGGAGUUUAAGGAUGUGCUUGACUACGAUGGGAUCUGGAUUGAUAUGAACGAACCGUCCAAUUUCUUAAAUGGUCAGUAUCCUGAAUGCGCUGUUAAUGAUAUCAAUAACCCUCCCUACGUUCCUAACAUUUCUGACCGUUCCCUGGCGCAAAAGACAUUGUGUCCCGACUCCAAGACUUAUCUGGGAGAGCACUAUAACACGCACUCCCUCUUCGGCUGGUCACAGACAGCACUAACUUUUCAUGUUGCCCAACAGGCAACUGGAAAGCGAGCAUUUGUCUUGAGUCGGUCUACAUUCGUAGGCAGUGGGAAGCAUGGGGGUCACUGGCUGGGUGACAACUUCUCUCAGUGGAAUGACAUGCACCUGUCAAUCAUUGGAAUCCUGGAAUUCAACCUCUUUGGUAUCCCCUACAUCGGUGCUGAUAUCUGUGGGUUUAACUAUGACACUGCCUAUGAACUGUGCUUGCGCUGGAUGCAGCUGGGCUCUUUCUAUCCAUUUUCCAGGAACCACAAUGCAGUGGGAAAUAGUGAACAAGACCCAGCAGUGUUUGGAGAAGAGUUUGCCAAGAUAUCUCGUGCUACGCUUCGGAUCAGAUACUCACUGCUGCCAUACUUAUACACCUUGUUCUUCGAGUCUCAUGUUCACGGAAACACGGUGGUGCGGUCACUGAUGCACGAAUUUACCUUCGAUCAGCAGACUCAUGGAAUAGAUACUGCCUUCCUUUGGGGACCUGCUCUCAUGAUUGCUCCUGUUCUUCAAGAGGGUGUUAAAGUGCCAAGUGUCUGGAACAAGCAAUAUGUUAGUGUGGAUGCCCCACUGAGCAAGAUCCCUCUGUUCAUCCGUGGAGGCUACGCCCUGCCAGAACAGGAACCAGCCACGACCACCACUAAGAGCCGUCUGAAUCCAUUUGGGCUCAUUAUCGCCUUGGAUGAACAAGGAGAAGCUUCUGGGUCUCUCUUCUGGGAUGACGGUGAUUCGAUCGACACUAUUGAAAAUGAGAACUACUUCUUGGCUAAAUAUACAUACAGCAAAGGAAAUCUGAAGACGGAAAUACUUAAAAAUGGCUACCGAGGGGCUGACACUCUGAAGUACAACAAAAUUACGAUUCUUGGCCUGAAGCAGAGACCUCAUGCUGUUGCUCUGAAUGGAAGAGCCAUCCGUGGAGAUGCUUUCUCUUAUGAGCUGAGUGGGGUAAGAGCUGCGCUGAGCAAUUAUGAAAAACCUUAG